UUGGAUUAUAUAACGAUUUGAACAGCUGGAGGUGGUCCAUGUCAGAUUCAAACUUCUACCAACAUGAGGAGAAGGAGUUCAGGAAGUGGGCAACAGGAGAACCAAACAAUAAAUGGGGUAAAGAGUCCUGUGGGGUAAUGACCAGUACUGGAGUCUGGCAGGAUGUACCUUGUACAGAAACCUUAGAACCAAUCUGCUUUAAUGUGACAGGGACAAAUGUGACCUUCGUUCGAAUCAACACUGGCAUGCAGUGGCCUGCAGCUCAGAGCUACUGCAGAGAACAUCACUCAGACCUCGCCAGUGUGAGGAACGAGUUAGAGAACCACAAGAUCCACCAGUUGGUACCAGCAGGAGCUAAAGUCUGGAUCGGUCUGUAUAGAGAUACCUGGAAGUGGGUGGAUGGAACAAACUCCUCAUUCAGGUUCUGGAGUGGCAAUGAACCCAAUAACAAUUACCAUAAUGAGGAUUGUGCUGUUGCAAACUUUGGAAAUGGUGGGAAAUGGGAGGACUGGAGCUGUGCUCACAAGAAAGCCUUCAUAUGUUAUACUGCCUUUCACACUAAGCAGGUAAUAAAACUGAAGCUGGCGUUCUCCUCCUCUGUGGACCAGAAUAAGUCUGCUGAAGACCUGCUGAGGAAGCUGAAACAGAAGAUGCAGGACAGCGGAGUGAAAGGAGACAUCAAGCUGAGCUGGAGGAAACAACCGGAUGGACAGAUCUUCAUCAAGGAAAAAAACAACGGAGAUUAAUAUUAAAUUGAAAGUUGUUGAUUUUAUUCUUUAUUGCUUGUUUAGAAUUUAAAG